UAUUAAAAAAAAAGUUGUAUUACUCAAAAAGAUAAAAUCAAAUCGAAAAUUAUAUUAUUACGUAUUUUAUAUUUCAAAUAACAUUAUUAAACUAUAUAAAACUUAUAAUAUCAUAAUUUUGUAAUUUGUAAAAAUUAUCAUGAUUAGAUUUCUUAAAUCAAACCGAAAUAUAAUAUUUUUUAUAAAUUUUAUUAUUUUGUACUUUUUUCAAAACACGAAUGGAAAUGUAAUUCAAUGGAUAUCACAUUUCAGAGUUGAACCAAUUUAUAAUGUAAAUAUUUUGAAACUUUUGAAUGAGAUAGAAACUAUGGCAGACUUCAACCCAAUCUUAAAAGUUGUAAAAGCUGAUCGAUUUAGUAUUGAAGAUAUUAAGUAUUUGACAGGAAAAUGCUAUGACUCUGCUAUUUGUUUAAAGAAUAAAUCGAUUUGUAUUGACAAAUAUAGAAAAAAAGUCGAAGCUAUGCAAUGCAUGAACGCGGCAAUAAUAAAAAGCCAAGUGAAAUCUGCUAAUAUCUUGUUUUCAGAUGAUUCAUUUACUGAAAUUGAAUCAGAUAAGUUUAUUAAAAAUAUUGAGAUAUUAUUAGCUACCAUGAUUUCGUUGCUGUAUACACUUAAAGUACCUGCUCAUAGAUGGCUUUGGACAUCUUAUUCUUUAGUAAUGACUCGUAAAUAUCAAAAUAUAUAUCAGCGUUUAAUUAAAUUAAAUGAAUUUAAAAUAGACAAUUACUUUUUAGAAGAUUUAACACAACAUUUAAGACUUUGUAAAUUGUACAAAUAUUUACCGAAAAAUUAUGAUAUUGAAUCAUCUAUAAAAAUUGAUGAAAUACUUAUUCAGUAUCAAUUGUUACUUUCUUACAGACUUUUUAGUGAUAGUUGGGUUAGUUUAAAUUUACUAGAUAUGAGUUUUUUUGACAGUAAAUUAGCAGUUGAUUUUUUGGUACCUAAUAUAGAUGAAAGUUUGUAUUUUAUAGAUAUUGGCGUUAAUUGGAACAACGCAAUAUCAUUGUUACGAAUAGAAAGAAAUAAAACUAUCAAUCAGCCUUAUGAUUCAGUGAAUUACUAUCAUGUUUUGAUUCGCGUUGUUAAAGUAAAUGUCCUCUAUUUAGUUUUAAAACAUUUGAUAAUACUAGAAAAAAGUAUUUAUUAUUAUUCCGUCACUAAUCCUACUAUACAAAAAUUCUAUAGUUUACUCAGACAACCCUUGAAAAAUUUUAUCAAAAAAUAUGGUUUAAUAGAUACCGUGUUCUGUAAUGUUAUAGAAAUAUUUCAUAUUGAAAUUAAUGAUUCUAGAUUUAAUGAUAAAUUUUACAAUCAAUUGAAAGAAAUUAAUGAAGAUCUGAAAAAAAUUAUAAUGGAAGAUUUUCUGGAACUAGGCGUAGAUACAUUUCAGGCUCGAGCUUCAUUAAUGUUUACUAAUAUGUCAGUUGUUAAAAAAAACACAGAUUUAAAUCAAAAUCAAUAUAAAAAACACAUAAAUCAACUUAUAAAUUACACAUUUGAGUUAAAUAGUCAUUUUCCUUUCUUUCAUAUAAUAACAUUUUAUACUGAGAGAAACUUUAAGCUAAAUCAAACAUUCCAUAUGUGGAAAAUAUUAUAAAAUUAUUUCCUUCAAGAUUGAAAACUAAAAAUAUUUCGUUAUUUAUUUUAAUUUAAAAAAUAAAAUAAAAUAAAAUAAGAAUUAAUGUUCAUUUAUGAAAAACAUAAAAUUCUAUGCUGUA